AUGGACUUGUUAAUUUAGCGGGGUGAGGCUCUAGAAGAUUUCACAGGCCCGGAUGGUCGUUUUGUGAAUUUUAAAAAAGGCGACCCUGUAUAUGUCUACUAUAAACUGGCAGGGAGACCACCUGAAGUUUGGGCUGGAAGUAUUGGACAUAUUUUUGGAUAUUUUCCAAAGGAUUUAAUCAAAGUAGUCCAUGAAUAUACUAAAGAAGAGCUACAAGCUCCAACAGAUGAGACAGAUUUUGUUUGUUUUGAUGGUGGAAGAGACGAUUUUGAUAAUUACAAUGUAGAAGAACUUUUAGGGUAUUUGGAAUUAUACAAUUCUGCAACUGGAGAUUCUGAGAAAGCUGUAGAAAAAACUUCUCUGCAUGUGCAUGUGGAAAAAACUCCUGAACUAUCUAAGGAAAAUGAACCUGAACCUGAACCAGAAGAAGCCAACUCAGAGGAAAACAAAAGUGUGUUUCUAGAAAACACUAAUGAUCUCAAGGAAUGGUUUAUAGCUGAGAAGAACCAUGCAAACAGUCAAAUUGGUGAUGCUAAGGGAGAGCAGUGUUUGUUUGAACCUCUUGAAGAAAUGCUGCAAGAUCAAUUAAAAGUGCCACAAAGUGAAAACAACAAAACCAGCAAUAGUUCUCAGGUUUUGAGUGAACAGAAGAUUGAUGCUUAUAAACUUUUGCAAAAGGACAUGACUCUGGACUUGAAAACCAAAUUUGGCUCAACUGCUGAUGCACUUGUAUCUGACGAUGAGACAACCAGACUUGUUACUUCUUUAGAAGAUAAUUUUGAUGAGGAAUUGGAUGCUGAGUAUUACACAUUUGAAAAAGAAGAGGAGAAUAAAGAAAACUUUGACGAGCUACCAUUACUAAUCUUUACAAGUGAAGAAGAUUUGAAAACUCCAGUGAAGUCUGGAGUUGAGAAAUAUUCAACAGAGAAAGAGCAGAAUUCAAAUGGAGAGGAUAAGGUUGAGAUAACUCUGCCUCCUGCCAUCAAAAAUGGUGAUAAAAAUAUACUAACAACUUGAGGGGAUACUAUCUUCUCUAUUGUCAUGGGAGGUGAAGAGAAAACAGGUGUGAUGGAUUUAGAGAGUCCUUCAGAGGAAGAAAAGGAAGAUGAUGACUCAUUCAUCCCAGAUAGCAAACAGGAGACACCAAGAUCAGCCAUAGAUUAUACUGGCCCUGAAAAUGUAGAAGACGGUCUUUUGAUUGUAGAAGUCCCUGAAAGAAAUAAUGGGGAAGACCCAGAAGUGGACACAGAACUUCACAUUAGAGGCAAAAGGAGGGAAGUUCAAGAUCCUGAGAGGGGCCUGGUACAAAGUGAGAGUGAAUUAGACGGUGAGAGGCAGGAGGAGAUGGCUGUGCACAGCUCUACUCCAGACAGUAACCCUGACUCUUUAUUAGCUGCUGAAAAGGGUAAAGACAUAUUAAAAUCCGCCUCUGGUGACAGAGAAAAUGACCAGAAAGGAGCAGCUAUUCAUGUCUCAGAAAGCGCACUCCAUGGAGAAAAGCCUGGUGAGCAGAUUUUGGAAGGUGGCUCAGAGAGUGGAUCUGUACAUAACGCUGCGGGGAAUCAAAUGAAUGAAGGAAAGAUUAAACGGGAAUCCUUGGACAUUGUGCCCCUUUUGGGAGAUAAUCCACAUAAUGCAUCCAGAGACAGUGUGGCAGAAGUGAAUGUUUUGGUAAGUAAACCAGAACCACACAUGCCUUCAAUGGAGCAUCAACAUGAGGAAUUGAAAGAGGAAGUAUUUCUUAAAACUCAAAAUCAGCCUAGAUUCUCCUCUCCAGAUAAAAUCGGUUUGCCGAGAGAACAGAAAGCAGAGGCUCCCUCUCCGGGAAGAAAUCUUUCCGAGCAAGGAGGAAGAGCUGUGGCCGCUGCAGGCAGCGAGCGUGUGAGUGAGAAGACGAGGCCCACUGCGGCACGCGGGAGGCAGACCAGACUGACAGUGCACGAGGGCCAGGUUUCCGUGCUGUCAGCUCAGAAGAACCAUGGAAACAGUCAAAUGGGUGAUGCUAAGGGAGAGCAGUGUUUGAUUGAACCUCUUGAAGAAAUGCUGCAAGAUCAAUUAAAAGUGCCAGAAAGUGAAAACAACAAAACCAGCAAUAGUUCUCAGGUUUCCAGUGAACAGGAGAAGAUUGAUGCUUAUAAACUUUUGCAAAAGGACAUGACUCUGGACUUGAAAACGAAAUUUGGCGCAACUGCUGAUGCACUUGUAUCUGAUGAUGAGACAACCAGACUUGUUACUUCUUUAGAAGAUAAUUUUGAUGAGGAGUUGGAUGCUGAGUAUUACACAUUUGAAAAAGAAGAGGAGAAUAAAGAAAAUUUUGAUGAGCUACCGUUACUAAUCUUUACAAGUGAAGAAGAUAUGAAAACUCCAGUGAAGUCUGGAGUUGAGAAAUAUUCAACAAAUAAAGAGCAGAAUUCAAAUGGAGAGCAUAAGGUUGAGAUAACUCUGCCUCCUGCCAUCAAAAAUGAAGUCCCUGAAAGAAAUAAUGGGAAAGACCCAGAAGUGGACACAGAACUUCACAUUACAGGCAAAAGGAAGGAAGUUCAAGAACCUGAGAGGGGCCUGGUACAAAGUGAGAGUGAAUUAGACGGUAAGAGGCAGGAGGAGAUGGUUGUGCACAGCUCUACUCCAGACAGUAACCUUGACUCUUUAUUAGCUGCUGAAAAGGGUAAAGGCAUAUUAAAAUCCGCCUCUGGUGACAGAGAAAAUGACCAAAAAGGAACAGCUAUUCAUAUCUCAGAUGGCACACACCAUGGAGAAAAGCCUGGGGAGCAGAUUUUGGAAGGUGGCUCAGAGAGUGGAUCUGUACAUAACGCUGCAGGGAAUCAAAUGAAUGAAGAAAAGAUUAAACGGGAAUCCUUGGACAUUGUGCCACUUUUGGGAGAUAAUCCACAUAAUGCAUCCAGAGACAAUAAAAUCGGUUUGCCUAGAGAACAGAAAGCAGAGGCUCCCUCUCCAGGAAGAAAUCUUUCCGAGCAACGAGGAAGAGCUGUUGCCACUGCAGGCAGCAAGCGUGUGACUGAGAAGACAAGGCCCGCUGCGGCAGAGGUCAGCGAGGGCUCCUCCGGCAUGCGGGAGGCAGACCAGACUGACGGUGCACGAGGGCCAGGUUUCCAUGCUGAAAAUCCGGAAGCAGCAGAGGAUGACUAUCCUCCUGAAGAGCUACUGGAAGAUGAAAAUGCUGUCAUUGCAAAACAGUCUAGAAAGAAGAGCCCUGGGACUCAAGACAGGCAGGCAGACGUAAAUAUGCAAGUCGCCGAAAGAGCAAUUUUAGAAACCAUUAACCCUGAUCUGAAAACUGAAGAAAACGAACAAGAAACCAGUAUGAUUUGGGAUACUAAAGGAAAAAGUGAACCCGUGGCCGAAGGAGUAGACACAAUAGGCAGGGACCCAGUCGAUAUGGUGGUGGAAAAAGAAGAAAGCCCUCUGGUAGAUAAGAAAGCACAGAAGCCAUCUGAUGAGAUUCGUAGUCAAAGGUGGGAAAUAGAGAGGAAGAUAGAUGACCUGUCCCACUGGACUCCACAUACACCUGCAGAUGUACACAUACAUCAGCACAGUGACCAUAGGGAGGACUUGCGUAUAAUAAGCAGCUUCUUUAAAGAAGAGCAGUCUUUGCAGCGGUUCCAGAAGUACUUCGAUGUCCAUGAGCUGGAAGCAAUGCUACAAGAAAUGUCAUUAAAGCUGAAGUCAGCACAGCGGGAGAGCCUGCCCUACAAUGUGGAAAAAGUCCAAGAUAAAGUCUUCCGUGCUUCUGAGUCACAACUUCUGAACGUAGCAGAGAACAUGCUCGAUACACGUGUGUCCAAGAACAGAGAUCUGGGAAUGAAGGGAGAUAAUAUAUUUGAAGAGGCCGCGGUGCUAGAUGACAUUCAAGACCUGAUCUAUUUUGUCAGGUACCAGCACUCUACAGUGGAGGAGACUGCCCCACUGGUAAUGGCACCACCCCUAGAGGAGGGCUGGGGCAGACCCAUGGAAGGUAAAGUACCUGCCCGUGGCCUUGUAGAGCAGGGCUGGAGAAGAAGGUGGGGAAGGGGGUCGCCGAAGUGCCUCAUACCUUAUCCAUAGAGCUCUGUUCACAUUUCCAGGGUGUAUAGAGGACAGAGAUCAUACAAGGAACCACAUGUUCUUUCCUGCCUUCUUUUGUUUAGGCUGGAGUAUGGAGAAGAAUUUCUUACUUUUCCUGGGCAGUUGAGACUGAGUAGCAUUUCAAAAUGAAACUUUGUAGAAAGCUAAAGAGAAAGAUAUAAAUAAGAAAAUGAUGUACUUGUUAACAUUGCACUUGUUAACAAAGUACAGAUAUGUAAAAUUCUGAAAGGGCUUCACUGAAUGCAAUUUCUUAUUCGAGUUACCUGCACUCUAACCGAGCCUUGCUUGAAUUCCUGCAUUCCCCCCAAAGCUCGUCUUUUGUGGAUGUCCUGUUCUUUCGUGCAUCUUGGCAGCAGUCACUUUCUCCAGUUAAACUAGGGCUCCUGCAUCAGAUUAAUCAAGGCUGGAACCAGUAUGAGGAGCCUCCUAACACAGCCUUUGACACGUAGAAGUCAUUCAGUAAAUAUUUGCUGAAUUGAUCCCAAGCCAGUAUCCUGAU